UUGUGCGACCUCUUUCAUGAAUUGCGGCUUUACUAAAAUAUGCAGCUUCGCCAAGCGCUUCAUAUAUUACUCAGCUAUUAGGACCCUCGGAGACACAAAGCCUCCGAGAUGUACGCUCUCGUCAACGCCUUCCUGCGAUGUCUUGCUCUGCUUCUACCUCCCCCUUGGCUGCAACUCGGAAUUUGGUGGUGGGUUGGGGAUGAGCACGGAAAGAUGACAUGGCCCAAUCCCAGCGCUCGUGUGCGAGGACGAAAGCGGCUUACAGAUCAGGAAGUAAAGAGAGGAGCGCCCCGCAGCUUCUCGUCCCCUGUUGCUCACGGUUACAUCUGCCCAGUAGCAAGCCCGCCGGCCCCGGGAGCUCUCCUGGGCAGAGUUUGGCAGCUCUGGCAGACCUGGAUCUGCUAUCUCGGGACUCCCUCGGUCCUUCGCAGACACGUGUGUGAUAAUCAACCCUCUCUGCCGAACUUCUCUCCUCUUCCCUACGAUUGUGCCAGUGCGGAGGGAACCAGUGUUUGGUCUGAAACGGCACUAGCAGCAAACGAGGAAGCGACGGAUCAAACCUUCGGUGAGAGCACAAUGUGCGCUGCGGUGGAGACUCAAAGCCAAUCUGCUAACCCAAUGGAAAGCAUGCGGCUCAGCAAUACCGAAGAGGACGGGGAGCAACACCACGAGAUGGGGACCCAGGUGAAGAUCACGGUGGCCAUUCAGGCCGCCGAAGACGAAGAGCCCGACGGAGACGCGAUCCUGCAGUUUAUUGACACGCGAGGAGGGAGCUGCAGCGAAGAUGACGCAGGCAGACACGAUAAGUCAAGUGGUGCUGGAACAAGUGGAGGGGAACAAGAAGAGGAAAGCUGGCAGCCCCCUGACCAUGAACUGACAUCAAAGCUAGUUGCCCAAAUAGAAUUCUACCUCUCUGAUGAGAACUUGGAGAAAGAUGCUUUCCUGCUCAAACAUGUCCGCCGUAACAAGCUUGGCUAUGUCAGUGUCAAGCUGCUCACCUCCUUCAAGAAGGUUAAACAUCUGACAAGAGACUGGAGAACAACAGCUUUUGCUUUGCGACACUCUCAGCUGCUGGAGCUAAAUGAAGAGGGGCGCAAGGUGCGACGUAAAACACCAGUGCCAAUAUUUGCCAGUGAGAAUUUGCCUAGCCGCAUGCUGCUGGUGACCGAUCUGCAUUUAUGGCCGGAGCUGGGAGUGGUUGUGGUUGAGAACAACACCGGGCCAACGCAGCAGGAGAAGAUCAUGGAGCACCUGCUGAAGGUAUUUGGAGCGUAUGGUGUUAUUUCUUCUGUACGCAUCCUCAGGCCUGGAAAAGAGCUGCCACCUGAUCUCAAGAAGCUUAGUGGCCGCUACACCCAGCUGGGUACCAGUGAGUGUGCCAUUGUGGAGUUUGAAGAAGUUGAUGCUGCUAUUAAAGCUCAUGAAGCUAUGGGUGAGAAAGAGGUAGCAGUGGGUGCGGGAGAGGAUGAGAAUACAACGGUUAUAACCACAACAGGACCUAAGGUGGUCCUCAUCGGAACUAAGCCUCCUAAGAAGAAAGUUCUAAAAGAACGUCAAAAGGAAGAUGGUCCUAAAAAGAACCGUUCUCUCAAUAGCCGUGUUCGAGAAUUGCAGUACCUGGGAGAGGACUCUGCCUGCAGUUCUUCCGAGACAGAAAGCAACCCUAACUCCCCAAGGCAGACUCGCAAAGAUCAGCUCAAUAACAAGUUGAGCCCACCAGUGGGUGGCUUCCAUCAGAAUAAUCAUUUGAGCCCCAGUGUAUCUCCCCGUUCCAGUCCCUGGAAUAGCCCCAGAACGAGCCCCUCUGUUCAGCGCAAGACUCCUCCUUCCCGUAAGUCGCCACUAGCAUGCGAGGGCAAACUGAGCCCUGAGCCUGGACGGAAGUGGGCAGACUAUUCCUCGGACAGUAGCCUGACUCCUUCGGGAAGCCCAUGGGUGCAACGCCGGAAGCAAGUUGCUUCUCAGGAAAGUAGUCCUGUUGGUAGUCCAAUGCUAAACCGUAAGAUACAAAAUGCAGAUGGUCUACCCCCGGGGGUCGUGCGGCUUCCACGGGGGCCCGAUGGAACAAAGGGCUUCCACAAUUCUGCCUCGGGGGCAGACAAGAGCAGAACAAUCCCACAAGAGUAGCAAGUCACUCCUGUGCAAACCUUGCGUCCAGCCUAGAAAAGCUGAAAAGCUAACAUUCCAUAUUCUCUAACUUUUUUUUUUUUUUUUUCCUGUGUUUCCCCCCAUGGCUGUUUAUUGGUAAUGACAAGUCAUAAGCUGUAUUUUUAUUUGUCUUUGUUUAAUAUGAUGCACAGACUGUGCACGAAAGUAUUUUUGUUUUAGAGAGGUAUUUUUUUUAUGUAUGUACAGUAUAUAUAACAUGGGAGCAGUGUUGGGAUUGCUCAAAAAAUCCUUGGGUUGUAACUAAUGUGGAAUAUUGCAGCUUGUGCGGACUUAAUGUAUUUAGUUUCCUUUUUAUAUUUUUUACUAGCCAUGAAUUUUUUGUUUGUUUGUUUUUUUUUUUUUUUUAAAUGGGUGGGUUAAUUGCAUAAAGCUGUCUGGGAAUCCCCAGGGUGUGGGAUAUUCAAUCACUUGAUAAACCAGUUUGGUUUAAUGGCGUGCAUGUCGUCUUCGUAGGUUUGUCCACCUUGGUGAUCAUCUUCUAAGUUCAGGUGCAGAGGUGACCCGUGUGUCUGUUUGGAAGCAAAAUGAAAAGAAUGUGAAGUGCUUGUGCCGUCUCUGUCCUAGUGUUCAUCAAAGCGGUAUUGCAGCUAGAAGGGUUUGGUGUGUGUGUGUGUGUUUGACUGUUUUUAUUCUGUUUACACGUUGACUACAAAUCAUAUGUUGCAAUGAUGGUUUAUGCAAGAGAAGAUGAACAGUAGACACUUAAUUUUGAAGUUUUGAUAUCUUUUUUGGACAUGGGAGAUUAUAUCAGUUGGGUGGGCUUUUUUUUUUUGUUAAACAGGAAAUGGGCGGCUGGGAGAGAGAGAAGUAACAUUCAGAACUUUGUAGGGAGAACAAGUGCGUGCAGGUUUCACUUAAAUAUGAAACCCCUGUUCUGCCAUCUGAAUCAUUCUAUGCUGUACAAAUGUGAGCUAAAACAUUGGACAAAUAAAUGAGUCAAAUUGCA